AUGGGUAAAAAGGAGGAAGAGGAUAUCAUCAGAAUCGCGAAGAAAAUCGAUAAAAUGGCGCAGAAGAAAAACGGGGCUGGGGCCUUGGACCUUCUAAAAGAACUGCGUUCCGUUCCCAUGACUUUGGAACUUCUUCAGUCAACAAGAAUUGGAAUGUCCGUCAAUGCCAUUCGAAAGCAGAGCACCGAUGAUGAGGUGACCGCUCUUGCAAAAUCUUUGAUAAAGUCAUGGAAGAAGCUUUUGGAUGCCGAACCAGGGGCUGAUAAAUCUUCAGAAGAGAAGAGAAAAGAGUCAUCGGCCUCAGCCUCGCCAUCGCAGGGCAGUCCAGAAGCUAAAGAAGAAAGCAGCUCCAGCAGUAACUCCAGCAGCAAGAGUGAGUCUGUGGAUGUUGCACCAAACACAUUAAUCAACACCUUUCCUCGAGCCCCAGGCACCUCGGACUCCAUUCGGAUCAAAUGCAGAGAAAUGAUUUCCGCUGCUCUGCAAACGGGAGAGGAUUAUAUUGCUAUUGGUGCCGAUUGUGACGAACUUGGCGCUCAAAUCGAAGAAUGUAUUUAUCAAGAGUUUAAGAACACAGACAUGAAAUAUAAGAAUCGAGUUCGGAGCCGCAUCUCAAAUCUAAAGGAUGUGAAAAACCCAAAUUUGAGGAGGACUGUACUUUGUGGCAGUAUAACCCCAGAGAGGAUGGCGAAGAUGACCUCUGAGGAGAUGGCGAGUGAUGAGCUAAAGAAGAUGAGGGAGAAUUUGACCAAAGAGGCUGUGAGGGACCACCAGAUGGCCACAACAGCAGGCACCGUGACUGAUCUUUUCACUUGUGGCAAAUGCAAGGGCAAGGCCUGCACCUAUACACAGGUCCAGACCCGCAGCGCUGAUGAACCUAUGACCACGUUUGUUUUCUGCAAUCAGUGUGGAAAUAGAUGGAAGUUCUGUUGA